GGCAAAGGUGGAGCCUGUGCCUUCUCCGCAAUACUGGAAUAGGGGAAUUCUCACUCCUAAAUGCCCCCACAAUCAUCACAGCCCCAUUUGUUGCACUGACAUCCCCUGCAGACUCUUGUCUCUUUCUCUGUUUCUCUCUGCAUCCAUCCCUCUCACACCGAGGAUUCCGCUGUGCCUAUUGGCCAACUCUUCCUCUUUCUUCAUAUCAGCACAGGGCAAAAUGUCUUCCAAGCUGCCAGCAGGUAAACAGAAACCCACAUCCCCCUUUAGGAAGAGAGGAAGCCUGCAGUACGCUGCCAGCACAGAUCUGCGUGGUGGACGUCAUCUCUUAACGUUCCAGUAUUCCUUGCCUGGUAUCCCAGUGGCCAAGCACGGACCUGUAGACCUGCGGACCUCCAUGGAUGGCAAAUACAAAGAAAUUGCUGAGGAGCUGUUGUCGCGCAGUCUGGCUGAGAGCGAGAUGCGCAGUGCUCCGUAUGAGUUUCCCGAGGACAGUCCCAUCGAGCAACUGGAGGAGCGGAGGCAAAGACUCGAGAGACAGAUCAGCCAGGAUGUUAAGUAUGAGCCUGACAUUCUUCUCCGAGCCAAGCAAGACUUUUUGAAGACAGACAGUGCCACUGACCUUGAGUAUCUGAAGGAGCAGAGUGAAGCGCAACUGGAUCUGUAUCCAGAGCACGAGCUCAUACCAGAGAAGGAGUACCAGAGAGUCACCAUCUCUGGAGAAGAACAAUGUGGUGUUCCCUUCACAGACCUGUUGGAUGCUGCUAAGUGUGUGGUGAAGGCUCUGUUCAUCAGAGAGAAGUACAUGGCUCUGUCCAUGCAGAGCUUUUGCAGGACCACUGCUCGGUACUUGACGGAGCUUGGGGACAGGCCUCUCGACCCCAAUGCAUACCAGGAGAUGCCUGAAACCUCCGUAACUGCAGAGGCCCCAGUCCACCCAAAGACACACCCCUAUGAGGGCUUAGACCCAACCAGCAUGCCACCAGACAUGGGCUACAGCUGCAAGAUGAUAGACGGUGUUGUGCAUGUGUUUACUCAUAAGACCAAUAUGGAAAAAGCUACAGAGCUGGACCUACCCUACCCUGAUCUGCAAGAGUAUAUAGCUGACAUGAAUGUCAUGAUGGCCCUCAUCAUUAACGGACCAGUAAAAUCAUUUUGCUAUCGGAGGCUGCAGUACCUGAGCUCCAAGUUUCAGAUGCACAUCCUCUUGAAUGAAAUGAAGGAGUUGGCAGCUCAGAAGAAAGUCCCUCAUCGGGAUUUUUACAACAUACGCAAGGUGGACACACAUAUCCACGCUUCUUCCUGCAUGAAUCAGAAGCACCUUCUACGCUUCAUUAAGAGGGCCAUGAAGAAGUACCCUAAGGAGAUUGUACAUGUGGAGAAAGGCCGGGAACAGACACUUAUGGAGGUCUUUGAGAGUAUGAAUCUGACAGCUUUCGACCUCAGUGUGGACACACUAGACAUGCAUGCGGAUCGAAACACUUUCCAUCGCUUUGACAAAUUCAACUCCAAGUACAACCCAAUCGGAGAGUCCAUCCUCCGGGAGAUCUUUAUUAAAACAGACAACCAUAUUGAAGGGAAAUAUUUUGGACACAUUAUCAAGGAGGUGAUGGAGGAUCUUGAGGAAAGUAAAUAUCAGAACGUCGAGCUGCGUCUCUCCAUCUAUGGUCGUUCCAGGGAUGAGUGGGAUAAACUGGCACUGUGGGCCGUCAAGCACAGAGUCUACUCUGACAACGUGCGCUGGCUGGUCCAAGUGCCUCGUCUGUUUGAUGUCUAUCACACUAAGAAGCAGCUGAGUAAUUUCCAGGAGAUGUUGGAGAACAUCUUCAUGCCUCUGUUUGAAGUCACCAUCCAACCAAGUAGCCACCCAGAGCUGCAUGUCUUCCUGCAACAUGUGCUUGGGUUUGAUAGCGUGGAUGAUGAGUCCAAACCAGAGCACCACAUCUUUAACCUGGACAGUCCACUACCUGCCAGCUGGAUAGAGGAAGAUAAUCCACCUUAUUCGUACUAUCUCUAUUACACGUUCGUCAAUAUGACUGUGCUAAACCACCUGCGGAGGAGCAGGAACUUCAAUACAUUUGUGCUGAGGCCACACUGUGGUGAAGCAGGACCAAUUCAUCACCUGGUGUCUGGCUUCAUGCUCUCAGAGAACAUCUCCCAUGGCCUGCUGCUCAGGAAGGCUCCUGUGCUGCAGUAUCUGUAUUAUUUGGCUCAGAUCGGCAUUGCCAUGUCACCUCUCAGCAACAACAGCUUGUUCCUUAGCUACCAUCGCAACCCUCUGCCUGAAUAUCUAUCCAGAGGCCUAAUGGUCUCCUUAUCUACUGAUGACCCUCUGCAAUUUCACUUCACAAAAGAGCCCUUAAUGGAGGAGUACAGUAUAGCUGCUCAGGUGUGGAAGCUGAGUUCGUGUGAUAUGUGUGAGCUGGCAAGAAACAGUGUACUAAUGAGUGGCUUCUCCCAGAAGGUGAAGAGUAACUGGCUGGGCCCCAAUUACAUAAAAGAAGGCCAGGAAAGUAACGACAUCCGCCGAACGAACGUUCCCGACAUUCGUGUGGCGUACCGAUUUGAGACGCUGUGCGAAGAGCUCAAUCUGAUCACACAAGCUGUGAGGAGCGAGGAACUAGAGACCAUCGAGGAGGAGGCUCCAUGCAUGAGCACACUGCACAGUGCACAGUAGGGACAGGGCACGGUAGCCCUGAGUAGAGAGUCUGAAUGGGGCUGUUUGAGGAGACUGGUAGUCCAUCACAUCUGAGGUGAUGCUUAAGAGUGUUAAACUGAUGUAAAACAUACUACAUCAACACACACAAAAAAAAGAAAAGUGAAAAUUUAAACUUGUGCAUGCCCUUUUGAAUGUAAACUAGAUUACUGAACCUGUCUUCAGUACUGCCUGCAGAAACAUCAUUCCUGAAAGUUAUGCACCUCACACCGUCAACAGCCAGUAGCUUGCACCAAUGGUCACAGCUCCCAUCAGAUAUUACCCAAAAAAUAUGCCAUGGCCCCAGCAAGCAUGACAAACCAAUGCGCUGCUAUGUGUUGGUGUACUUUUGUGGUGUUGUUGUUGUUAUUGUUCAAGGCCUUAUUUAUAGCAUUAUCAAAAACUGGCCUGGAAUUUCCUGUGACACCUGACUGGGCUUCAUUAGAUCAUGGGCAUCAAACAUGGUGUAUUAGGGAUACUUUUAAUGGAAAAUCAAUGCCAUGAACAAUGGUUAUGUGUCAGAGCUGCUAUUCUACACAGUAUCUGAUCUUUUUUUUUUUUGUCAGUUAUAUUGAUCAUGUUGACUUGUACCUGGUACCUAUGUUAUUUACUGUUUUAUUAGUGCAUUUACCCAUUGGAACAAUAUUUUCUUUUAUACAUGUGUGUACUUGAAAAAUUGUACUAAAUUAUUUAUUGCAACUGAAAAAAAAGAAGUAAACUUUAUUUUCCUCUUCUGUGUUCUUCAUAUAAUAAUUAAUCAAGAGCAUUUCGGAUCUUCCAUUAUUCAGUAGUUCUUAAAGUAAUUUAAAGCAUAAAAGCAUACAUUACCUCUAAUAAUAAAUAUCUUACUAUUUAUUUUACACAAGGAAACUUGAACACUUCAAAACCAUAUGUUUUUCUUUCUGUUCAAGUUUCUAAAAAACAAAACAAAACAGGAUUCAGAAUUCACACUUGAUUUAUGUAGGUAUGUUUGUAAUAAAGUGCUUCCAAAAUCUUUUUGGAGAAGCUGAAUAAUCACAAAACAAACUCAUUAACCAGGUGUUCAGAUAUUAAUUAUUAUGCAACUCUCAAAUGAAUUUAAAUGAAAAUAUAUAUAUAUUUAUUAAAAGAUCAUCUGACAAAACCAAGGUCUACACUUUUAUCUUGCAAAAUUAAUAAUAACAUUAAAAGCUCUUUCAGCUGGUUGACCAUGGUCUCAAUUUCCAUUACCUUGCACAACAAAUUCUUCUUCAUGCCUCAAAACAGCAAUAAUACUGUGUACACAAACUAUCAUACAGAAAUUCACAAAAAAAAAAUACUCUGCUCUCAUGGAUAUCAAACAAUUGCAAACAAAACACAGGCUUAUCAAAAAAUAUAUAUAUUUGUUAAAUAUAGGUGUGCAACAAUUAUUGGCACCGUUUAAUCAAUACUUUGUGCUACCUCCUUUUGCCAAGAUAACAGCUCUGAGUCUUCUCCUAUAAUGACUGAUGAGGUUGGAGAAUACAUGGCAAGGGAUCUGAGACCAUUCCUCCAAGCAACUAACUUCUGCAAUUCUCCAGCUGUGAUCCUUGGAGAUGUUUUGGGCCACUCGAACCAUCCUCUUCACAGUGCAUUGAGACAAUAUAGACACACGUCCAAUUCCAGGUCGAACUUCUAAAUUAUUGCCCUGAUGGUGGAAAUGGGCAUUUUCAAUGCUUUUGCUAUUUUUUAUAGCCACUUUCCAUUUUGUGAAGCUCAAAAACCUUUUGCAUAACAGUUAUAUUCCUUGGUCAUAACCAGUGUUAUGAAUGACUAAG